AACCUCGCUUCUGUCACUGUGAGGUGAAAUUGCUUCCUUGUGAUAAAAGCUUCACCUGUGGAGAAUUGGUGGGAUCCCUUGAUGGAAGUUGCCUGAAAGUCACUUCUGGUUCUGUUUUCUCCUGUCAUAGGCUCCUAAACUUGCUGAGACCUACUGCGUGUGUCACCUGGCAACAGGUGACAUGCUGAGGGCCAUGGUGGCUUCAGGAUCGGAGCUGGGUAAAAAGUUGAAGGCGACUAUGGAUGCUGGCAAGCUGGUGAAUAGAGUGGUGAGCGAUGAGAUGGUGGUGGAGCUGAUUGAGAAAAACCUGGAGUCUCCUCCCUGCAAAAAUGGCUUCCUGCUGGAUGGCUUCCCUCGCACGGUGAAGCAGGCAGAGAUGCUGGAUGAGCUCAUGGAGAAGAGAAGUGAGAAGCUAGAUUCUGUGAUUGAAUUCAGCAUUCCUGACUCCCUGCUCAUUCGGAGGAUCACUGGACGGCUGAUCCACCCGGCAAGUGGCCGCUCGUACCAUGAGGAGUUCAACCCCCCGAAAGAGCACAUGAAGGAUGAUGCCACCGGGGAGCCCCUGAUCCGCCGUUCUGACGAUAACGAAGUGGCUUUGAAAACUCGUUUGAAGUCCUACCAUACCCAGACCACCCCGCUGGUAGACUACUACUCCAAGCGAGGAAUCCAUGCUGCUGUGGACGCCUCCCAGUCCCCGGAUGUGGUGUUUGCCAGCAUCUUGGCAGCCUUCUCCAGAGCAACAUUGACUCCAUGAACCAGACGAGACACCACCAAAGGCUGCAUGCUCCAUCACCUCACUCCAUCCCUUCCCCUUGGGAGAAGGGGCAGGCUGGAAGGGAAGGGGGGGGUUAUGGCUGAGCAUUGGAAGGGGGGGAAGAAACAGAAGGCAGAGUGGUUUGUUUCUCACCAGAAUCAUGUUCAAGAGGAGAUUGAUCUUUUCCUUUCAUACUAAAGAAUCAAAGUAUUUGGGGAGGAAGAACACAUUGUGCUGUAUGAAAAUGGAUUUCUGUGCCAAAGAUCAGCCUGCUGAGCCUUGGCCUUGCUGUUGGACUUGGUGCUAUUUCAAGCUUUCAAACGGGACUCCUGGUGCUGCCUCUGCGUGGUAGCUCUGUGUGGUUUUGUUUUUCCUGAAGGACGCUGUCAAAUUCGUUUUUCUGCUUCUUAAACGUAAUUCCCCUACUACAGGACCAAAAUGAAUGCACAAAAUGACUCCUUAGCUCUGUCAUGGAGACAAGAUCUGGCUCCAUUGUACUUCCCUUGUUUCCUAGAUGAUUUGGCCUUCCUGAAACAAGGCAAAGAUGGACUGAGGAGCCUUCUGCUCCUGUAUGAUACCAUCAGCUCUAGCCCAAGCCUUCCAUCUUUCUGAUCUUGAUCAAGCCAAACUUCCUAAAAUGCUGAGAAAUCCAUAGGAAUUUACCCCCUCCCACUUGAUUGAGGAAGCAACAAUGAAUUGGAUUUUUUGCCUUUUUUACAAACCAAAUGCUGCCUUUGUCUAGUUUCUGAAUCAAUAAAAUAUACUUCACA